AUGGAGGUCCAUUUGCCUAGUUUGCCGUUGAUGGAAAUCUUCUCCUAUCUGGAUGCCUACAGUUUGCUACAGGCUGCCCAAGUGAACAAGAACUGGAAUGAACUUGCAAGCAGUGAUGUCCUGUGGAGACGAGGCUGGCGGCAAAUUCAAGAUCUUCUGUUUGCCUUCAAACCUUAUGGAUAUGCAUGUUAUAUCUCAGGGCGUGGCAUAACAAGAAAGAGACAAGACAAGUCUGUUGUCUGUAUGGUGAGUUCCAAGAACACGAUUUCCACCUGGGAUAUUCACAAGAGCAUUAUAACCUGGGUAAGCCCAGUACAGCCAGCAAGUAUCAAGCUGUUGACUACCCUCCCUGAGAUGCACAUUGCGGUCACUGUAGAUAUUCAAUCAACUAUCAAACUGUGGGACUGUCACAACAGGGAAGCUCUGGCGACUAGCAACCUGGAAUCUCCAUGCAAAUCACUGAAAGCUGUCAUUACCAAGGAUGACCCGAUUGUCUUGGCAGGCGAUACCUUGGGUAACCUGUACAUCUUUAGAAUCCCAGAUUUACACCUCAUUUCUGCAGUCAAUGUACUGCCAUGUGAUAUUGAUGAAAUCUACUGCUCUCCUCAGAAGAAAUGGGUCUUACUGAGUAAGAAACAGUCAUAUAUUUUGCCAAAGGUGUUUUACAUGAGCAGCCUACUGAGGAGAUCAGAAUUCUCUGCCCCUGUGUCUACCCUUCUGGAAUUUUCCUUAUGCCAAGAAGCCUUCUGGACCCCAAGAAGGGAAGACAGGAUAACCCUGAUGUCCAGAAGUGAUAUCUCCAAAAUCACAAAGUUUAAAACAUAUGAUUUGAAGCUGGAAGAGUUUGGGAACAAAAUUAUUGUUAAAGGAAAUUCGAUAGCAGGCUUUUUGUUGCCAUAUUACAAGGAAACCCCGAACUGGUUUGGAGUCAGUGAUAAGGACACGAUUGUUUGUUCAACUGAAUUCUCUCUCUUGCUCUUUACCAAUAACGGUCACCGUCUGCAGACAUUUCAGUACUUCCCAGAAAUGAUCAUGAGACUCUGUGUGGAUCCCGUUCAUGUCAUCAUCACCUGUAAUGAUGGCUCUAUGGAUGUGUACGCAUGGGAGGAGAGAAGCCUGCUGCUCAGGAAGUGUUAUCGACUGCAAAACAGGAGACAUUUGCCACCAUACAGCUUCAUUAACAAAACGCUAUGUGAUGAUGUGAGCAUAAUUCAGUUGAUGAUAGAUGGUCACGGCCCCUGGUUUCUGAUGGCAUAUGCCUUGAAUAUCUGCUCUUGA